GCGAGUGAGGUGUGACACAGGAGCAGUUUCACCGGGAGCGAGUGAGAUAGCCAGAAUCUCCUCAGACUCAACAACACGAUAUCGGCGGACAUGAAGUCCAAGGUAUUGGGGGAGUGAGACAAAUUCCCCAAGUUCAGCCGGUUGAGGACACAGGACACAUCCUCCCAUGGCUGCUACAGCCAGUAGUAGAAAUGGAUCUUUAAGGCCAGGCUGGGUGGCUUUUUCAGAUGAAGAGUCACAGGCAGAUGAGGUUGGGCUCCAGCCCGCUUUAGAACAGCCUGAGAUGGAUUCUUCUUCUUGGGAGGAAGUGUCAUGUGUGUCUGCCCAGAAGCCAGAACAGUUGACUUCAUGGGUCCAGUUUGAGGACAAACCAUGGCCACCCUCUCCUCCCUCAACACAGGUAAAAGGCCCCAGGCACAGCAUUUGCUCCUCGGCCAGCUUCUGGAGCAACGUCCCCCCAUCAGAAAGCAGCUGGACCACCCAAUCAGAGGAGCAGAGCUCUGUUAGUAUGGGGGCGUCUUCCUGUGACCUGCCAUCUCUUAACACUGAAGACCCACUCAGUCAAACGCCUUCCUGCCCUCACUCUCCUAAUUCCUCUUUGUGCCAAGAAGAUGAUGGUAUGAACAUGGAGCCAUUUAACUGGACAACCAACAACCAGCACACAAAUGGCCAAUCAUAUGCCACCUCCAACCGUUUUGCCAGCUGGGUAACUUUUGAUGACGAUCAGGACUCUGCGUUCCUGCCUCCAGGAAGACCAUCUAAAAUAAAACUGGACAACCUCAACAUUUCUCCACUGCAGGAUGCCAACAGCAACCUGAUUUCAUCCUCCUUUUCUAGCCAGGUGACAGAAAGACACAUCCUGGACUUGACCCCUGAUGCCACCAGUUCGGUCUUUGCUUUUGAAAGCACGCUUUUGAACAACAGCACCCCUUACAACAAAAAGAAUCCUUUUUUGGAUGAUGACUUCACCAACCUGCAACCCUCUUCUAUCAACCCUUUCAGUGACUACUUUGACAAAACAGGGCUGACAACAUCCCAAAGCACUGGUCUGUGCUCGGAAACACCAGAUGUCUCCGCAUUUAGUUCGCCAUUUUUUGAGUAUCAGGAUGUUGACUCUAUCAUGCUUGUUUCUGCACAAAAUGACUCGUCAAAGGGACUAAAUAGUGUACCAUUAGGCCCUCCUGAAGAUAGUCUGGAUCAAUUCAGGAAAAUAUACAUCUCUGACCCUGACUGUGAUGAUAGUCCCACUUUACCAGAUGAUUCAACAGAUGUGUUGGAGUCUGAUGACUCCACCUAUGAACCAGACCACAUGACUCCACAGGAAGGCUGGCCCAUGCUUCUUCGCAUCCCAGAGAAGAAAAACAUCAUGUCCUCACGUCACUGGGGACCAAUUUUUGUCAGAUUGACGUACAGCGGCCAGCUGCACAUUUUCUACGAAAAAGGGCUGGAAAAACCCUUCAAAGAGUUUCAGCUGAACUCCCAGCAUGAGAUAUCUGAACCCAAGCUCCAGAACUAUGAGGAAAAUGGUCGUGUUCAUACCAUCAGUGUAGAUCAUGUGGUUUACAAGGAGAAGAGGAAGAUCCAGCCCAAAGUUAGUGUGGUUCAUAUGCCGGUGAGAGAGCAGGUUGUAAAGCUUGGGACCACAAACUACCAAGACUUCUUGAGCUUUCGUCAUGCCCUCCAGGAGACACUUGUGGGACUUUCUGUGGAUAAAGAAGGCCUCAACUGGCCGACAACUUACACUGAGGAGGAAAUUCAUGUGGAGGUGAAAGAUAACUUUUACGGAGUUCUGUCCAAAGGGGACAGCCGUAUCCUGGAGCAGCUCGUUUUGACCAGUGUAAACAUGCUAGCCUUCCUCAAUGGGUCUCCACCUUGUAGUAUCGGCCUCAAUGAUGUCCAGGUCAAAGGCAAAGAAGUUGUUUCUCGACAUGACAUAAUUCCUAACACAACAUCACGCUGGAUUCAAUUGCGGGAUUGUCGACUUCAUGAAUGUGCAGAUCACUCAGAGUUUGCGGAGUCGCGAACCAUCACAUUUACUCCUCCUACUGGUCGUCGCUUUGAACUUCUGCGUUUUCGCACAGCGUUUGCAGAAAAAUCCCUUCCUUUUACUCUGAGAACAGUUGCUAGCAUCAGGGGUGCAGAGGUUGAGGUACAAUCCUGGCUGGUGAUGUCAACGGGUUUCUCAUCCAGUCGGGAUCCUUUAACAUUGAUACCAUGUGAAAAUGUUGCUAUCCGUUACCCCAUACCUGAAAUUUGGGCGAAGAACUUUAGACGGGAGAGUGUGACAGGUGAAAAGUCCUUGAAGGCUCGCUUCAAUAAAGGAGCCAGCUUUGGUUCAACUAGCAGUUCCGGGUCAGAACCGGCUAUGAGGGUCACGCUCGGCUCUGCGAAAUACGAACAAGCCUUCAGGUCCGUGGUGUGGAGGAUAAGUCGACUACCAGACAAAAACUCAGCACUGGGACAUCCUCAUACUUUCUUCUGCCGCUUGGAACUGGGAUCAGACAGGGAGGUUCCUCCUAAAUUUGAGUGUCUGGUGGAGGUUGAGUUUGAUAUGCCAUCCACUUCUGCAUCUAAAGCCACCGUACGCGCUCUGUCUGUUGGGGACAGGACUGAUUUGAAGAAAUGGAUCACUUACAAAUCACAUUAUUCCUACCAGGUGGCAGUAGAGCAGAAGAGUGAAAGCGUGUUGGGGAGCCCAAAGGAUGAGACGCCCGGGGAGUGUACUCAACAGUGACCACGAGUCUUUCUUUCAAGACAUGGGUCUUGAAGUUUGCACUUUGUUGAACGAGAGAAAGUUCAGUGCUGAAAUGUGCUGAACAGUUUACAUUUACAUGUGGUAUGUUAAAAUGAAAAAAAAAAGAAUGGUUUUAUGUAAGAAUGGUAUGUAUAAAGGAAAAUAACAGACCCUUUAAGAAAUUAUUACAUAAAAAAUUACUUUAUCAGCCAAUUGAGUUUAAGUCUGUAUCGGUAAUGUUGUUUUACAAUCGGUUCUUACCCAUCAAGUUCAUAUCAAAAAUUCUCCUCCUUAAAUUAUUGGAGCGGUCACAUUUUUUUGUCUGUCUUUAAGGCAGAUAUCACAGAGAUGUUGUGUAAAUUCUUUCUGUAUAUUUUGGACUAUGAUGUGAAGAGUAAUUUCUGUGUGGAAAACCAAGUUUUCUUGUUAUUUAACAUUGUACAGAGGAUAAUGAGGGAUUCGUAACACAUUUCAUUUUAGUUUUGUUAAUUAGAAAACACAAAUUAGUAAAACCUUUUCUCAUCAAUUUCUACUUAAACCAUAAAUGUUAGCAUGACAAAACAAAGGCUGCGUCCGAAACUCUAAUUUGCUGCCUUCUGCGGCAGCAUUCCAAGGCAUCAAGGCAUGUCCAAAUCCAAUGUUAGGUUUACUUCCUGACUCUUGAGAUACCUCCAUCGUCCUUUCCCACAAUUCUAUGCGUGUGUGCGCAUGGGCAAUGUGAUUGGUAGGGCUGGGUAUUGUUUAAAAUCUUUCGAUCCGGUGCCAAUUUCGAUACCUACGUUUCGAUGCCGGUUCCUAACGAUACUUUUUUCGAUACCAUGUUUUAAAAUCCAUUGAAACGUUAACAAAAAUACAUUAAACACACAACUUUUAUUUUUCACCUUUAUUAAAACAAAUUCUGGUAACACUUCUCACUCAGGGUAACAUUAAUAAAACUGGUUGUGCUUUUUGGAUAAGGGUUUGCCAGCAGACACAAUAAGUUUUUUUUUAUGAAAAUAAGGAAACAAAAAUUCUUACGAGACUGUUGUGGGAGACGCGCGCGCAAAGCCUUGCCAUGCAGAACCAGGCGCGAGUAAAUCAAGCAGAGACACACGCUGUGUGCGUGCUUUAAAUUGAAACCCCUCGUCACUUUAGUAGAAGCUCCGUUUUGGUUGACGUGCCUUUCACGGAGACAACACGGUCAUACUUGCGCUAACUCUAUUGGUAAGACUGUCACAAAGACUUUCUUCUCAUAUUGCAUUCUUUCUACACUUGUGUUGGGUGACUGCGAGGUGGAAUGCGAGUAUUUUCAGAAAUCCUCCCUGUCAGGUGGUGGUGGACAGCCAAUCGCCGGCGCUUUAGGUCCUUACACGCAAGUACAGGCUCACAGACACAGCCGCUUUUGGAAUCGAAAUUUGGCAUCGAAAGAUAAAUCAUUUUUCGAUACUCAAAGUAUCGAAGUUUUUCAUUCGAUACCAUAAAGGUAUCGACGUUCGGUACCCAGCCCUAGUGAUUGGUCGAGUUAAAAAAUAAAUAAAAUGGCAGCUGGAGCACCAAUCUAGUGUAAAUAAAUGUAUAUUUUCACUUUUUACACCUUUAAAUUACAUUUCUAGCAAGAAAUUAGAAUUGUAGUUUUCAAAUAUGUGAUUAGUUAUCACAAAGGCGCUCUCUGUUUAUAUUUCAAACAGCAAAAAGCGUUGAGCUGCCCUCAUGCCUCUGAAGUCAUUGCCUCAUGAGGCAGCGAGGCAACAAGUCAGCUGCCUAACGGCCGAUUCACACCGGCUGCGUGGCGUGUGCGUCUCAGCUGCGUGACGUGUCCGUUUUUAUUUAGGCUCCCAUGUUAGCAGGUUUGACCGUUCACACCGCCUGCAUGACACGCACGUAUCAGGCGCGGCUCGAGUCGCGGCGAAAACGCGUGCAUGCUAGGAAUAGGACCGACGCCUAUUUUUCACGCUACACGCAAGCGUCUUGGAAGCGUUUCCAGGAAAAAUAUAUGUCACCUAUAGCAACAGCAGCGCGUUAGUGCUGUGUCAGGCAUGCUUCUGGUAUGUACAGACACAGAAAACGCGACACAGCCGCCACGCAACUGAUAUGCAACAGAUACGCCAUGCAGCCGGUGUGAAUCGGCCCUAAGUUUUCGGACGCAGCCAAAAUGUUGCUGUAAUGCUAAAGCCAGAUUUAUAGUCGUGCGUAAGUUCUCCGUACCCUGUGUAUAGCUCUGCGUUGCCUGACGCGCACCUCGCAAAAUUUUUAACAGCGCGUCAGUUCUACGCGGACCGCAAGUGCUGUGAUUGGUCCACCAGAACCCCUCCCGUCAGGUAAAAACUGCGUCAUAGGUAUUUCCGUUUGCGACAGUGAAAACAAAGAAUGGCCAAGUUGAGGAGUGAUUUAACGCAAACUGCAACAAAAGUCGCUGUUUAUUUACUUCCAUCAUUGCUGGUCUUCUCAAAUCAUACACAACAAGUUGCUGUUUCUUCUUUGUUUGAGGGUUAAUUUGCCAAGGUUCUUCUUCUUUGACAGUCGCCCUGCUACUGUGGUUAAACGUGUGAUUACUGCCCACCAGCGGUCUGCGCGCGUGUUUGCACGUCGACGCGGACGACGACGCAAAAGUAUAAAUGAAAACCGACGCGGAACCUACGCCGUAGGACCUAUGCACGACUAUAAUGAGCCCUUAAGUAGUUUAUCUUAGAUUUGUGUUUAUAAUUAUUUUUUAAAGAUCAUUUGCAGACAUUUUUACACAGAUUUUAAAUGCAAAUAUUAUUUCCUUUCAUUUAUCAGAUUUGAAUGAUUGAACUGAAUUGUAGGUACUUUGUUAAAGCCGUAAAUCAUGAUAUUCAUUCAUUUGUUCUUGACUGGAGUUAGAAACUACAGUAGGAAUAUAUAUAUAUAUAUAUAUAUAUAUAUAUAUAUAUAUAUAUAUAUUUCAGAUAGACUGCACAUUUUUAUAAAUUUAAAUCAGACGUGGGAUUUUUAGCGUAAUAAUUAGUACUGUACUUGUAUUUUGCUUUAAGUGAUGUAAAUACAAUUUUCAUGUAAUUCCUUUCAGGUUUAAGAAUUAAGUUUUUUUUCCUGUACAAAUAUUUAAAAUCCAUAAAACAAGAUAAAUAUAUCCAUGAAGCAUAAAUCUUAAUGAGGCGCUUUCCCUGAAAGGGUUUACAUUAAUCCAGGACUUAGUUAUAUUAGGGAAUUUAAGUAGUUUUUACAAACAUACCUUACAAAAACAUGAACGAUGUGCAUCUUAAUGUAUUUAAAUGGUUGAUACUAUUGUGGAUAAGCUAACCAAGAAUAAUUCCAAGGAAUAAAUCUUUGGUAAUAAAUAAAUCUUAAGACAAAACGAUGCCAUUGAUAUAUGUUAAGAUAUGUCAGUGCAAACUCUUUUUGGUUAAGGCAGCUCAAACUUGCAUUUUAGUCGGCCCUAUGCGGGAAAAAGCCUGAAUUUAUUCAUAUCUGUAUUUAUCUUUAUCUUGAUUUAAGGAUGUUUAGAUAUUUUACCACAGUGUAGGUGGUGUUUAGGGGUAGGGACAAAGCUCCCCCCGACCAGAGGCAAUUAUGAUUUUAUCCGGGCUAUUAGUAAUAAAUAAUUCCUAUUUUCUCAUUGUAUUUGUCUUAUAAAAUUAUUUUAGUGGAUAGACAGAGUAACUUAAUGCUAGAAUAUGUUUUAAACCAUAUUUGAAAACUAGGGAACCCCACUUUGUAGCUAAUCUAAUAAGUAUUGCAGUUCCCCGAUCUGCCAGUAGAUGCCCCCAAGCACAAACGUAAAAUUCUGCCUAUGAUUGCUACUGGAAAAUAUAAAACAUACAGAUUAAGGAAAUGAUUCUUGUGUAACUGGGCAAUGUUGGGUUUUACUUGUAUUACAAAAGUAAAAAAAACCUAUAGACAUUUCAAGUAACAUUUCUGCAUUAUUAUACUGUUGUAGGAUUUUAAUUUAAUGAUUUGCAUUAAGGGUAUAGGAGUCAUCCUACAGUUGCUAUGAUCAAUUUUUAUGCACAAUCCUGAUAAGAAGCAGGAAUUAUUAUUAUUUAAUCUGAAUUAUUAAUGUUUGAUCUGUUAAGAUCAGUAAUAGCAUUUGUUUGCCCUGAAUGCCUGAUGUUUUUCAUGUAAGCAUGGGUGAGUCUGAACACGACAAUAGGGUAUGUGGUUGUAUUUCUGAUGAAAAUCAAUCAUAUUAAAAUAACUUGACAUGUAAAAUAUCUGCAUUUCACUUAAAAAAUGCUAACUUUACACUUAAGUUGGUACUAACACACAAGAUACACUUGAGACUAGGUAGGGAAAUUUGCUAGUGGUCUUUAGUUCAUAGUGUUUAUUAUGUCUUAAAGAGUUUGUUUGUUGGAUCGUUUUUUCCUGUUUUUCAUUUGUUAGUUUAAGUUUAACAUAGAUAACAAUAAAUUCAAUAUAGAUAUGCUGUUUUGAUUGUCUUCUCUAUACGUAGCUUUAAUUCCAUUAACCUCAACCGACCUGUGCACCUUCAUACACUUAUUGAAAGAACUGGAAAGCAUGAGUACAAUAAAGUAUGAUUGUUUGAAGAAA